AUGACAGGCCGACCGGGCUCAGGUGCGCAGCCCCAGUACUGGUGGGCGCUCUGCGGGCGCCCGGCCUCCUCGGCCUCCUCGGCCUCCUCCUGCGCUGCAUGGCCGCGAGGCGGGCGACGGGCAGCGCCACUGGGCCUCAGGAGUCAGUCCACCCGUGUGGCGGGCCUGCUGCAGCAGCGCGGAGCCGCCCCGUCCAGCCCGGGCCGCCGCCUCCACGCGCCCCUCCAGCGGCCUCGAGCAGCUCGGGAGGCGCGGGGCGGCCGCCAUGGCGCGGGGCAGCUUCCGGCGCGGGAGGAAGCGCCGGCCCACGCGCCCGCCGCCCGGGGAGCCGCCUCGAGGGCCGCGCGCAGGCCGGCCGGAAGUGCCGGAAGUGCGCCGGUGGGCUCUGGCAGCACCCCAGAUGGGGCUCCGGGUCCCCCGGGUACGCUCCCUUUUCUCGCCCGCCCACUCGCCGCUGACCCCAGCAUCGUGUGGAGCCCUUCUGAGACAGGAUCUUCGGCAGCUCCAAGGGGGCAGUGUAGCCCGCAGCGGCAGCGGCUCCCCCGCCCAGUGAGGACUCCGCCCGCCGUGAGCGUGGCCCUGGCUGCCGGCAGCCUGAUCCCGGACUACUGGAUCGACGGCUCCAACCGGGACGCGCUGGGCGACUUCUUCGAGGUGGAGUCAGAGCUGGGAAGGGGUGCUACAUCCAUUGUGUACAGAUGCAAACAGAAGGGGACCCAGAAGCCUUAUGCUCUCAAAGUGUUAAAGAAAACAGUGGACAAAAAGAUCGUGCGGACGGAGAUCGGAGUCCUGCUGCGCCUCUCCCACCCCAACAUUAUAAAGCUUAAAGAGAUCUUCGAAACCCCAACAGAAAUCAGCCUGGUCCUAGAACUUGUCACGGGAGGAGAGCUGUUUGACAGGAUCGUGGAAAAGGGAUACUACAGCGAGCGGGACGCCGCCGACGCCGUGAAGCAGAUCCUGGAGGCCGUGGCCUACCUGCAUGAAAAUGGGAUUGUCCAUCGUGAUCUCAAACCGGAGAAUCUGCUCUAUGCCACGCCAGCCCCAGACGCGCCACUCAAAAUCGCUGAUUUCGGACUCUCCAAAAUCGUGGACCACCAGGUGCUCAUGAAGACCGUGUGCGGCACCCCGGGGUACUGCGCCCCAGAGAUCCUCAGAGGCUGUGCCUAUGGGCCCGAGGUGGACAUGUGGUCAGUGGGCGUCAUCACCUACAUCCUGCUUUGUGGAUUUGAGCCAUUCUACGAUGAGAGGGGCGACCAGUUCAUGUUCCGGAGGGUCCUCAACUGCGAGUACUACUUCAUCUCACCGUGGUGGGACGAGGUCUCCCUGAACGCCAAGGACUUGGUCAGGAAGCUGAUCGUCUUGGAUCCGAGGAAGCGGCUCACCACCUUCCAGGCUCUGCAGCACCCGUGGGUCACCGGGAAGGCAGCCAACUUUGUGCACAUGGACACCGCGCAGAAGAAGCUGCAGGAAUUCAAUGCCCGGCGCAAGCUGAAGGCAGCCGUGAAGGCAGUUGUGGCUUCGUCCCGGCUGGGCAGUGCCAGCAGCAGCAGCCAUGCCACCAGCCAGGAGAACCACAGGCCAACCCAGGAGCCCUCUCCUGCCCCAGGGGACACGGCCCUGCCGACAGCCGAGGAAGCCGAGCGCAUGAAGGUGCAGGCGGAGGAGGAAGAGGCGGGCCCGGGGCUGGUGCCCGAGGCCCUGGAGGACGGGAUGACGGGGGCUGGAGGAGAGCCCCAGGAGCAGGAGGAGAGCCUGGGCGAGAAGCUGAAGACGGUGGAGGAGGCGGAGCCAGAGAGCCCUGCCACGGGACUGGGAGCGCCGCAGCAGGGGGUGACCCUGCCCGAGUCCUAGGGUGGCCCUGCCUCCACCCUCCCCGGCCUGUGACGCACCUCGUCCUGUAGCAGGGCGGUGCGAAAGCAUGAUAUAGUGAUGUUCUGAGGUGCAAAUACAUAGCUACCACUCGAUAA